AUGGACAUUUCAAAGUCACACUUGGACAAUGAGGGCACAGUUGAAUCUUUGUAUACAUGUAUUCCAAAUGAUGACGCGGAUAAAGAAGACAUGUUGGUGCUUUAUUCGGAGGAAGAGUUUGAUGAUAACGAAGACAAUGUUGUACUACCCGAGAUGAUUGAUGGGGAUGACAAAGUUGAUGAACCACAAAAUUCAAUGACAUUUAGUUCACAUGAAGAAGUGAUCUCAUAUUAUAAGAAGUAUGCUAAACAAGUUGGUUUUGGUGUGUUAAGAAGAAUGAUUAAAAAGACAUCAGAUGGUCAUCCAAAUUACAUGAUCCUUACAUGCAUUCGCGAUGGCUCAGGAACACGCAGCACAAGAAAUGCUUCCAAAGCAACACCAACAACUAAUAGAACUGGGUGUAAGGCCAGGAUUUGUGCAAGGUUAUGGGAUGAUGGAACGUGGUAUUUGAGUAAAGUGGUACUUGAGCAUAACCAUCAUGUAAGCCCAAGAAAAGCAAGAUUUUUAAGGUGUUUUAAGAAUAUUAAUGAUGCUGCAAAAAGAAGGCUUGAUCUUAAUGAUAGAUCUGGAAUAUGUUUAAAUAAGAAUUUUAACUCAUUAGUUGUUGAAAUGGGGGGGUUUGAGAAUGUUCCCUUUGGGGAGAAAGAUUGUCGAAAUUUUAUUGCCAAGGCAAGAGAGCUUCGGCUUAGCAAAGGAGGUGGUCAAGCACUUUGUGAUUAUUUCAGAAGAAUGCAAGACAUGAAUGAUGGCUUCUAUUAUGUGAUGGACAUGGACGAUGAUGCUAGGGUGCGAAAUGUGUUUUGGGCUGAUGCACGAAGUAGGGCAGCGUAUGAAUUCUUUGGGGAUGUCAUUACAUUUGACACGACAUACUUGACUAAUAGGUAUGACAUGCCAUUUGCUCCUUUCGUAGGAGUGAAUCAUCAUGGUCAGUCAAUACUUUUUGGGGCAGGACUACUAUCAAACGAGGAUACAGAUACAUUUGUUUGGUUGUUUGAGUCAUGGUUGAAGUGCAUGAAUUACCGAGCUCCAGGUGCAAUUUUAACAGAUCAGGCUAGGGCAAUGAAAAAAUGCAAUUGCGAUAGUUUUUCCAAGAACUCGACAUAG